AUGCCCUUAAAAAAAAGAAAAAAGAAACCCAGUUCACUCAUUCUCCUUGUUUCUCUCUGUGAUGAUCCUUCCUUCUACCGCUGCAACCCUCUUCUCCGUCACCGUAACCCUCUUCUUCAAUCUCCAAUCGCACGAACAUUCUUCUCCACCAUCCCUUUCUAUUUGUCUUUCACCCGCGCAAACAUUAUCUCCGCCAUCAAUCAUCUCGAUUCUCUCGCUCAAAUUCACAGCUCUCAGCUCAACGGAAUACAACACGACGACAUAAUCGAAACAAAAUUCAUGAAAUUUAUCGAGGAAUUGCGAUGCGGCAGUUUCGACGUCGGCGACAAUUACGACGGCACCACAAGAACCAGACAUAGCCAAAACUCAGCUAGAGAAGAGUAA